AUGCUUCACAGCACCCUUCUUCAACGCUCCUCCCAAAGAGGGGCAGCCGCUCCCCUACGCCUCCCUUGGCGGGCCCAAGCGCCGGCCACACAGGCCUCCGACCUCAGCCAGGGCCUGCCGCCUCAGAGAUGCCCUCUUUUCCAAGAGCCACGCGCUCUCCCACGCCGCCAGCUCAGGGCCCCUUUCCUUGGCCUCCUUCCCACACCCCGUGUUGCUGCGCGCGCACAAACGCUGCCCUGCGGCACGGGCACUGCCGUCAGCCUCCCCCGUGCACCCCCGCCUCCAGACCCCUCCUCAGCCUGCACGCCUGCCCCUCGCUUCCUGCCUCGCACUCUCCGGCCAGUCCCACAACACACACACAGCCCUCCACCCCACCCCUCCCAAGGGCCCCCCAAAGGGCAACUCUCACUUCCCUCCACCUGCCCACCGCCCUCCAACACCACCCAGACUCCCCCUUCACCGCCACGCACACUCUCUACCCCUCUUACCCCACUGCCGCGCCUUGCUCACCUCUGGGCAAACAACAUCCACUGCUCUCCCCUUGCCCCAUGCGGCCGCUCAGCUCCUCGGCACAAGCUCCCACUUGCGGCCCGGCAGCAACACUUGCCCUCGGGGAACCCCAAACACACCCCCACACCUGCCUCCCACCACCUCCUCUAG